AUGCAUAUUAGACGCAUCGCGGCGCGUAAUCAUCAGUUCAUCGUCUACUCCUCGCGUAUUAGUAGUAUUAAACAACGUAGUAGUAGUAGUAAUUUUAUCAACAACUACAACAAAAGAAGAGCAUUGCACGACAACAUAAAAAUGGGAUCCGGAGGUGAAGGUUUUACGAACGAAAUCGAAAAGAAGGCGAAAAUGAUGAGCGCAGAAGACGAAACGUUAUUUGAAAAUAAGCUGAGAGUAAAGAAGCUUUCCGAGCACGCGACGGUUCCCGUCAGAGGUUCAGACGGAGCGGCUGGGUACGAUUUAUCCGCCGCGUACGAUUGCGUCGUCAAAGCGAAAUCGAAAGAGCUCGUCAAGACGGACUUGUCCAUCGCGAUUCCGAAGAACACGUACGCUCGAAUCGCUCCGAGAAGUGGUUUGGCGUAUAAAAAAUUCAUCGACGUCUUAGCCGGCGUGGUGGAUUACGAUUACCGCGGGAACGUCGGCGUUAUUUUGGCCAACUUUGGAGACGAGGAUUUUGAGGUGAAGAAAGGCGACCGAAUCGCACAAAUGAUCUUGGAGAGGAUCACUACGCCGGAGUGCGUGGAAGUCGAAGACUUGGAAGCGACGGAGCGCGGCGCCGGCGGUUUCGGUUCCACCGGAGUGAGCAAGUAA